CCACCUUUCACAUUGACGUCCAGCAGCCUUCAACCGCCGACGAUGCCACGAUGAGCGAGUCGCAGAAGCUCCUGCAUGAGCACCCCGACGACACCGACUCCGAGCCCGAGCAGGAGCACACGCCCAGCCCGCCGCACCAGCUCUCGCCGUCCCCUGCGUCGUCACGGCCGUCCUCCGCCUCCCCCGCGCCCCCGGGCUCCAGACCAAAUGGCCACCCAAAGCGGGUGUCGUCUUUUGCUCAGCCGCGUCCCCAUGGCACACCCCGGACGCCGAACCGGGUGCGCUUCGAUGACGACCCGGUGCGGAGGAGCAUGAACUGGGGCGCACGGGGAGCGGAGUGGAUAGAGCUAGAGGGCGAUGACUAUAUCGAAGAAGAUGGGCUGGGCACGGAAAGGGUACAGCGGCUGCCGCUGCUGACGGGCAUUGAGGCGCCGAGCGUGACGGUCGCCGAGGAGGCUUUCGAUCCUGAGGAGCACCUGGAGAAUGCGAAGCCAAGGAGUGGGACCUGGAGCGCCUUCAUGAACAUGGCGAACAGCAUAAUAGGCGCGGGCAUCAUCGGCCAGCCCUACGCAUUCCGCAACGCAGGCCUCAUUACGGGCACCGUCCUCCUCGUCGCCCUCACAAUCACAGUGGACUGGACCAUCCGGCUCAUUGUGAUCAAUUCGAAGCUCAGCGGCACAGACUCGUUCCAGGCGACGGUAGAACAUUGUUUUGGGAAGUCGGGCCUGGUCGCUAUCUCGCUAGCACAAUGGCUAUUCGCUUUUGGAGGCAUGGUCGCUUUCUGUGUCAUUGUCGGCGACACGAUACCGCGGGUCCUUGAUGCCCUGUUUCCUUCCCUGUCCGACAUGUCGUUCCUCUGGCUCCUGACGAACCGGCGAGCCAUCAUCAUCGCCUUGAUUCUCGGCGUCUCAUACCCUCUUUCUCUCUACCGAGAUAUCGCAAAGCUCGCCAAAGCCAGCGGUCUCGCCCUCAUAAGCAUGACUAUCAUCAUCAUCACCGUGAUUACCCAGUCUUUCCGCGUGCCUGCUGAAUCGCGGGGCAAACUGCGCGGCUCCAUAAUCAUCCACUCGGGCCUAUUCGAAGCCAUAGGGGUGAUAUCCUUUGCCUUCGUCUGCCACCACAACAGUCUCCUCAUCUACGGCUCCCUCCGCAAGCCCACCAUCGACCGCUUCUCGCGCGUUACCCACUACAGCACAGGCAUCUCUCUAAUUGCCUGCCUUGUCAUGGCACUUUUCGGGUACCUUACGUUUGGAGACAAGACGCUGGGGAAUGUACUCAACAACUUCCCCAGCGACAACCUCGUGGUCAACAUAGCCCGUCUCUGCUUCGGGCUCAACAUGCUCACCACCCUACCACUCGAAGCCUUCGUCUGCCGAGAGGUGAUGAACAACUACUGGUUCCCCAACGAACCGUACCAUCCGAACCGACACAUGAUUUUCACGACUUCUCUAGUCGUGUCCGCUAUGACGCUUUCUCUUCUCACCUGCGAUCUGGGUGUUGUAUUCGAACUAUUUGGAGCCACUUCGGCAUGCGCGCUGGCAUACAUAUUACCUCCGCUGUGCUACAUCAAGCUCAGCAAAAAGAGUCCGAAGACGUAUCUUGCGAUGGGCGUUGUGGCAUUUGGAUGUGCCGUCAUGGCAAUUUCUGUUUUCAAAACCAUGGUCAAGAUGGCCAACGGGACGGAGUCUCAGGCUCAGUGUCGUUGAUGCUUCCGUGUGUCUUUGCAUAGCCGGGCGUUUUGGGCUUUUACAUAUGAGCGCGAGCAUUGGAUUAGAUGGUGCAUUGUGGGUUGUUUUGGAGGACUGUAACAUCCAAGGGACCGGCCACAAAUACGAGUUUCGCGACCAGGGCGUAGCCUUGGUUGCAGCAAGGAGGUAUGAUACCGACCACCCCUUUUUGGCGCGAUGCAUCGCGCUCCAGAGUAAUGCAUGUGCACCUCCGGGGGAAAGGAGUUCGUCUUGCUAAUUGGACCCUGCAUCACUCGCGGAGGCAGUCAAAACAAGCUCCCCUAGCUCUGGCGCAUUCCAUGCGAAAGACCAGGCAUGCAACCCAGCAUCCUUUAAUUCACUAUCCCUGUUAAUUGAA